UUCGGCGGCAGCGCGCGGGUCCGGCCGCGUCCCGCGUUCCGGGUUCGGCGCUGCCUCCCGGCCGGUGAGCCGUGCCCAGCGGCGAUCGCUGUCUGCGUCCAGCCUGUGUGCCGCUGAGCGAAGCCCGGGUGGUGUGUCCCAGGGCCGCCAGCGCCGGCCCCCUCCCUCCCCUCCCCCUUGGCCCGCUCUCAGACUCAGAUAAAGCAUUUCCUUCCAUUGUCAUCCUACCCGGCCGGCCAGGCUGCCAGGGCCCUCCCCCUCCCGGCCCCCUCCCUUCCUCUCGCCGUCUCACAGUCGCUCUGCAGCCUCCGGCGACCGGGGGGAUGUGAGGCCGGCGCCCCGGCCCCCCGCCCGCCAUGAGCCCCCGGCUCUGAGGGCCCCGGCCCCUGGAUGCACAGCCCCGGCGCGGGGUGCCCUGCCCUCCGGCCAGACACACCAGGCUCUCAGCCCCAGCCCAUGGAUCUGCGAGUGGGCCGCUCAGUGGAGCCCCCGCCAGAGCCUGCGCUGCUGACCCUGCAGCACCCCCAGCGCCUGCACCGCCAUCUCUUCCUGGCAGGCUUGCAACAGCAACAGCGCUCAGCUGAGCCCAUGAGGCUCUCAAUGGACCCACCAGUGCCGGAGCUGCAGGGGGGACGGCAGGAGCAAGAACUCCGACAGCUCCUCAAUAAAGACAAGAGCAAGCGAAGUGCCGUAGCCAGCAGUGUGGUCAAGCAGAAGCUGGCUGAAGUGAUCUUGAAGAAACAGCAGGCAGCCCUUGAGAGAACAGUCCAUCCCAGCAGCCCCAGUAUCCCCUACAGAACUCUUGAGCCUUUGGACACAGAGGGUGCUGCCCGCUCCGUGCUUAGUAGCUUCCUGCCUCCUGUUCCCAGCCUGCCUACUGAACCCCCGGAACACUUUCCCCUGCGGAAAACAGUGUCUGAGCCCAACCUGAAGCUGCGCUACAAACCCAAGAAAUCCCUGGAGAGGCGCAAGAAUCCCCUGCUCAGGAAGGAGAGUGCCCCGCCCAGCCUUCGGAGGAGGCCUGCUGAGACUCUUGGAGAUUCCUCCCCCAGUAGUAGCAGCACACCCGCGUCAGGGUGCAGCUCCCCCAAUGACAGCGAGCAUGGCCCUAACCCUGCCCUGGGCUCAGAGGCUGAUGGUGACCGCAGGACCCAUUCAACUUUGGGCCCUCGGGGUCCUGUCCUGGGGAACCCCCAUGCUCCCCUCUUCCUGCACCACGGUCUGGAGCCGGAGGCUGGGGGCACCUUACCCUCUCGCCUGCAGCCCAUUCUCCUGCUGGAUCCUUCAGUCUCUCAUGCCCCACUGUGGACUGUGCCUGGGCUCGGACCCUUGCCCUUCCACUUUGCCCAGCCCUUACUGACCACCGAGCGGCUCUCUGGGUCAGGCCUCCAUCGGCCCCUUAACCGGACCCGCUCAGAGCCCCUGCCCCCCAGCGCCACUGCCUCCCCUCUGCUGGGCCCGCUGCAACCCCGCCAGGAUCGGCUCAAACCUCAUGUCCAGCUGAUCAAGCCAGCCAUCUCCCCUCCCCAGAGGCCCGCCAAGCCCAGUGAGAAGCCCCGGCUGCGGCAGAUACCCUCGGCUGAGGACCUAGAGACAGAUGGUGGGGGAGUGGGACCUUUGGCGAAUGAUGGCCUGGAACCCAGGGAAUCAGUCCGUGGGCCUCCUGAGGGCAGAGGCCCCGUUUCUCUGCAGCAGCACCAACAGGUUCCACUCUGGGAGCAGCAGCAUCUAGCCGGGCGGCUCUCUCAGGGAAGCCCUGGGGACUCUGUGCUGAUACCUCUGGCCCAGGUUGGACACCGGCCCCUGUCCAGAACCCAGUCUUCCCCAGCGGCACCUAUCUCCCUGCUGAGCCCAGAGCCCACCUGUCAGACCCAAGUCCUCAACAGCUCAGAGACACCUGCCACAGGGCUGGUUUAUGACUCGGUAAUGCUGAAACACCAAUGUUCCUGUGGAGACAACAGCAAGCAUCCCGAGCACGCCGGCCGCAUCCAGAGCAUCUGGUCCCGGCUGCAGGAACGGGGUCUCCGCAGCCAAUGUGAGUGUCUCCGAGGCCGAAAGGCUUCCCUAGAGGAGCUGCAGUCAGUCCACUCUGAAAGGCACGUGCUCCUCUACGGCACCAACCCACUCAGCCGCCUCAAACUGGAUAACGGGAAGCUUACAGGACUCUUGGCACAGCGGACGUUUGUGAUGCUGCCCUGUGGCGGGGUUGGGGUAGAUACUGACACCAUCUGGAAUGAGCUGCAUUCCUCUAAUGCAGCCCGCUGGGCUGCAGGCAGCGUCACCGACCUUGCCUUCAAAGUAGCUUCCGGAGAGCUAAAGAAUGGCUUCGCUGUGGUGCGACCCCCAGGACAUCACGCAGAUCAUUCUACAGCCAUGGGCUUUUGCUUCUUCAACUCCGUGGCCAUCGCCUGCCGACAGCUACAGCAACAUGGCAAAGCCAGCAAGAUCCUGAUUGUGGACUGGGAUGUUCACCAUGGGAACGGCACACAGCAGACUUUCUACCAGGACCCCAGUGUACUCUACAUUUCCCUUCAUCGCCAUGACGAUGGCAACUUCUUCCCAGGCAGUGGGGCCGUGGAUGAGGUGGGAACUGGCAGUGGCGAGGGUUUCAACGUCAAUGUGGCUUGGGCUGGGGGCUUGGAUCCACCCAUGGGGGAUCCUGAGUACCUGGCUGCUUUCAGGAUAGUGGUGAUGCCCAUUGCCCGAGAGUUUGCUCCAGACCUGGUCCUGGUGUCUGCCGGGUUUGAUGCUGCCGAAGGUCAUCCAGCCCCGCUGGGUGGCUACCACGUUUCUGCCAAAUGUUUUGGGUACAUGACACAGCAGCUGAUGAACUUGGCAGGAGGUGCAGUGGUGUUGGCCUUAGAGGGCGGCCAUGACCUCACAGCCAUCUGUGAUGCCUCGGAGGCCUGUGUGGCAGCUCUUCUGGGCAACAAGGUGGAUCCCCUUUCAGAAGAAAGCUGGAAACAGAAACCCAACCUCAAUGCCAUCCGCUCUCUGGAAGCUGUGGUCAGGGUGCACAGGAAGUACUGGGGCUGCAUGCAGCACCUGGCCUCCUCUCCAGACUCCUGGCUAUCCAGAGUGCCAGGAGCGGAUGCAGAAGUGGAAGCCGUGACCGCACUGGCAUCCCUUUCCGUGGGCAUCCUGACUGAAGACAGGCCCUCGGAACAGCUGAUGGAAGAGGAAGAGCCCAUGAAUCUCUAGGGUUUCGGAACAGAUCACCCUUCAGACGUGACUUUCCUCAUCUCGGUUGUCAGCCCUGGUCCUGGGUCUUCAGAGAGCCUCUGGGCAGGUAGUCAGAUCCAGAGCACAGCCUACCCUGACAGCUAUUCCCAAGGAACUUGAGAAGACCAACGGGGUCUGGGAUGGGGACCAGGGAGGACUCUGAGAGGAGGCAGGCUGGGCACUAGGGCCCAGCUGGGCUCUUCUAGAACAGAUAAGGCCUUCUGGUAUCCAGGCCCCUGGCUGUGACCUCCAUCCAUCAGGACUGCACAAAGAGGGACUGGCUCAAGCGGGCCCUUCCAUAACCACUAUUCUUAAUUUGGCCUCAGCUGGGGUGGCCUUUCCCAGGUUCUGAAGGGCUAGAGGAGUGUGGGGAGCCAAGGGUCCCCUAUUCCCGAGUACAGGAGAGUUUCCUCUCGCCAGCUUCCUCAGAUGCCUUUCUGGUAGCACUGGGCUCUGAGAGCCAUUCUGAGCUGCUCUCUCCCUGUGAGUAGUCACCUGCACCCAUCAGUCACUGUCCCACCAAAGGCCACGCUAUGUGGACCAUCUCAGUGCCCUGGUGCAGCAGACAGGUGCUCUCUGAGUCCUGUGUCUCCUAACCCAAUGGUGCCAAACCUUCAUCUCCCUUCAGAAGCACAACAGAAUCCCAGGGAUGCCUGGUCACUGCCCCCAGUAUGAGCCUUCUGUUUCUGGGGUCCCCUCGCCCCUCAGCUCUGACUGCUGCCCCACAUGGACUAGCUUGGCUGAGGGGAACAAGGUGGGAGAAUAGACAGACAUGAGGGAGGGGAGGCCACCCCGGAAGUCUUCGAGGCUUUUGAGGUCUAGGCCUGGGACCAAGAAAGAGUAUUUGUGUGUAUGUGUGUGUAUGAGUGUGUGUAAGAGUGUGUAUGUGAGUGUGUGUGUGUGUCUUCCCCCAGCCCCACCGUACCAUGUGUAUGUAUGCAUGUUUUUGUAAAAAAGAAAAAAAUGAAAAAAAAAAUCUGAACAACAUAUGUUUUAUUUGCUUU